AUUUUAUAUUUCACUUUGGUCGUAGAUGGUCUUGCUUUUACGUUCCGUAUUUGCCUGUCGGAGUCCCAGUUUUAUUGUAAAGUUUAGAGUAGUAUAGUCCUCCCCAAAAACAGUGUUCCCCAUUUUAAAAAUUAAAAGUAAAAAAAUCGUCUAUUAAAAGCUCACUCUGGUUUCGUGAGGCCACGACAGGCAGAGCUCAAAAUUACAGAUUGCCAGCCAUUUCGACAGAGAUGGGUCCGAAACAGGAGCCCGAUGCGACCACAAUGGAGCAAUCGCCGGAGGCCGCAAAGCCGAAGAAGGUUUCCCCGCCAAUCUUCGUCUUCGACGUGGUCGUCACCCAUGUAGAGUCUCCUAGUGCCGAGUUCACAAAUCCCUCUAAACUGGAGGUCAUCGCCACCUUUGGCAAGAUCCAAAUGGAUCUGGGGCCCGAUCAGGUCAACGCCAGCGACUUCAGGCCAAACAGCAGCCUCACUUUCCAGAAGGACCCCAAGGAUAUGCGCAAAUUGGUGAAAGAUUGCGGUCUCUCCUUUGCGGUUACCUAUGCCAAGAAGAUCAUUGGUGCCGCUCAGACAUCGUUUCCCCUCGGCAUCGUAGAUUCCAUCGAACGGGAUAUGGCUGACAUUGUCCACACGGAUACCAUCGCAUUGGAGCGCGGUGGUGAGGUGACAGGCAAACUGGAGUUCCUCUGCCGCCUGGUUUGCAUGUGUGCUCCUGAAGAGGGCGAGACCGAGUGCCAACGGUUGAUGGACCGAAGCAUCAAUCCACAGGACAUCAUGUUCGUUCUGGGAGAGUCCCAGGUAUGUCCCAGUGCCUGCGCGCCGUGUGCUAAUGAUUUGGACGAUGAGGAGGGUGACGAGCGUCUCCGGCUGGACCUAGAACGAUACCGCAGCCAGGGCGGUGGCAUCAAGCCCUACAAGAUGACGACAGACAAUCCGUCUAUGGUCCCAGCCUGCUGUGAACUGAAGAAAAUGGCCAUUGAGUACGAGCAGAUGAUAGACUCUAUAACCAAAUCCACGGGCAAGGCGCCGCCACCCGUUCCGCCAUGUCGCGAUCCCGACGAAGAAGCCGCCUUCGGUAUGAGUCCCUGCUUCUGCCAGAAGACGGAUCCACCGAUGCUGCUCGAUCUGCCGGAGCCGCCGAAUAAGCCGUGCUUCGUUUAUCUGCCCGCCUACCAGGAGAAUGAAGAAAUGCCGGACUUUUGCGACCGCAACCUCAUCCCGGUGCCGAUUGCCGACUGCGAUGGCGAACCUAUGCAAGACAUCAAGCCCAUUCGAUUCUGUCCCGUCUGCCUGACCAACAUGUCCUGGCUUCCCAAGUUCGCCUCGUGCCCCAAAUGUGGCGUCAAACCCAUGCCGGUGGUGGAGGAGCGGCACAAGGAAAAGAAGCUGUCCGCCGAAGAGAUUCUGCUCGAAUAUCUGGGCCAGCCGCCGCCUACGGUGGAGGACUACUGUGAGAAUCCCUGCGAGAAGGCCUUGCAGGCCAAAUCGGAGGCUGCCGCCAAUGAAGAGUGUCCGCCGUGCCGUUGCACUUGCAAGUACGGCAAGAUGUGCGCUCACUGUCGCAUCCGGAAAGCCUGCGCCGACAUCUUCAAGCCAGACAAGGGUUUACCGCCCAAGUGCCCCAAGCUGGAGCCCAAGGAGUCGGAGGACUAUUGUGUGGUGAACAAGAGCUCUGACGAUUGCCGCCCAUAUCUAGCCAAGGUCUUCUCCGAACUGCGCGACCUCUAUGACAUCAAGGAUACCAAAAAGAUGUCCGAUCUGGACGAAAACUGUGAGCGGACGGCGACCAAGCCAGCAGCACCAGCAGCACCAGGGAUAAAGGCAAAACCGGCGGAGACCAAGAAGAUGGAGAGCCCGGCAGCGAAGGAGCAGUCAACAACAGCCAAAGCUGUGUAUAUACCGCCCAACCAAAAGGGUCAGAUCUCAAGCAGACACAAAAAGUGCGUCAGGCAGGCGGGCUUCGUAUCCCGCAACCAUGGCUGGGCAUGGAGCAACAGUUGGGAGGCCAAGAAGCUGGGCUGGCGUCCGGGAGCCAUCCGCAAGCCCAUCAAGAAUCUGAUGAAGUUCUUUCUGGAGCAAUCGCAGGAUAAGAGUGCCUCUUCCCAGCUCAGGGAGGCUGAGGCGUUGGAGCACGAAAAGGAGCUAGCCGCUCCAGUUUUGAAUAUCUGCAAGAAGGACGGCGCCAUCUAUAUCACGCUGCGUCCGCUGAGUACCCUGGGCGUCCGCCAGAAACCCAUCACCUUCCGUAUCGUGAAGAGCGAUCUGGCGGUGGCACUGCGCCAGAUUAAGCGGAAGCUCAAGGACAAGGGCUUUCGCAAGUGCACCUGCCACCAGUCCCUAAUGAUGUGCACUUGUCGCAACACCCUCGAGAAGAGGCAGCUCCAGCGGGCCCUGGACAAGGAGUGCCGGCGUCACUAUAUCGCACCCGCAGCCGAGCAUCUGAUCCUAACCGACACCAGCGAGAGCGACAUGGAAUACGACUUCGAUGUCACCCCACCGGCGGGUACGGAGCAAAAGUAUCCACCGCCUAUUCCUGCUCCGAGCGUAAACCAUGGCACCCAGACGUCAAAGAAGGACCAGGUGCCGAUGCCGCCAAAAUAUCCCAUGCAGGUGCCUCCCUAUUACCGGGGAUUCGAUUGCGCCCUCGGAGAUCGCUACAUGGGCACCGCCUUCGGAUGGCCGGGCGAGCUCGUCUUCGAGGACGGCGUCUUCGGCCUGGCGGGCGGCGGACCCCACGGUCCUAAUCCAAUGCCCUGCGGCGGUAUCCGGCCAGGCAAUGCAUGGGGUGGCAGCGCACCAGGUGGUGGAGCAAGUGGAGGACCAUAUGCUGCAUUUGGAGUUGGAGGUGGUGGGGGAGGAAUGCUCGCUGGACGCGGACGUAGACAAGGAGCCGUGAGUGGCGGUGGAAUGGGUGGAGGCGGUCCCGGCGGUUUUGGAGGUCCCGGAGGUUUUGGAGGUCCCGGAGGUCUGGGCGGCGGCGCCUGGAAGGGAUUCCCUGGGGUCAAGGGUGGUAUUGGUGGAAAGGACGGCAAGGGUGGCCGCGGUGGCAAAAGCGGACCGAUCCCAGUCCGCUAUCCCAAGAGAUUCCUCAAGGCUGCCCAGGAUGCGGCCAGGGCGGCUCAAGAGGCAGAAAGGGCCGCUGCGGAGAAGAAAAAGAAGGGCCCCGAUAUGAUGAAAUACCUGCAGAAUCAGGGCAUUCUAAAGCGACCAUGGAAUCCGAGCGAGGGCAAGGAUACACGCCCGCGACCUCCCAAGCUAUCCGACAAGGGACCAGAUGGUCUCAAUGCCUUCGAGCGGAAGCGCAGGGAUCUCUUGGCAGGGCCGGCUCCUCUGAUCGGCCAGGCUCCCAGAAGAGGCAAGGGCCCCCAGGCCCACGGUCACAAUCGCGUGGAUAUUGUCUGUUAGGGUUACUUAUCAAGGUGCUCGGGGCUAUCCAGGAAAUGGAUUCUGUGAUUUCCGAUGACUCUACCAAUUGUUAUGUAAACUCAUUCAGAUGACAAGCUUUGUUCACAAAAAAAAACUACA